AUGAACUCGCGUCGCCAACAACGAAACCUUUCUGCAGCCCAGAAGCGGCUUGCAGCCAAACAAGUAAUACGCCCUGCUCACUAUACAGCAGCCACGGUCCUUUCACAGGAGUCAAGUUACGUGCCAAUCUGCUCACAAACCAAGCAGACUUGCAACAACGAAUUCCGAUCUCAAGGCUUCCCUCGAAUCACUUUUGAGUGGAACAUCAGAGCUCUCUCAAGUUCGGAAUGGAACUCGGUUACGGCUUCAAUCCUGAUAAAGCAAUGGAGCGCCUGGUACCAAACUCGCCAUGGAUAUUACCGCGAGAUUGAAGAAGAUAUCCAAGGGGUUUUUGAGAGGUGGUUGACAACAAUGUGGAUGUUAUAUUUGAAGCAAUUGAAGGAAGGACCUCAAUCAACUGGACCCAUCAUAUCUCCUCCGACGGCAGCUGAUAGAGAUCUAUUGAGACGAAAGGCAGAGAGGAAGAAGAUUGCUGUUCUCCGUAGCAAGGCUGCUAAGCGUAUCUAUCCCAAAGACUCCGGCUUCGUUGAACUGUUCAGGCCGGUUGCAUGUGUUUCCGACUAUGAAGAUGAGGACUCUCCCCACCCCCGCCGCAAGAGGAUCAUUCCAAGAUGGCGAAGCGCAGAAUACACUCAAUUGGUCCAUCAGGUAGAUGAAGCGGUUCGCCAGAUUACAAAACCAAAAUCUCGAAUUACUGUAGCUCGUAGACUCCGAAGAGAUAGUACUAUUAUUGAGCCGCUUGAUUUUGAAGAAGGUAGCGAAGCACCCAAGAAGCUUCCAAUAGACUGUUAUGCCCCUGCGUAUCUAGAAAGCUUGUGUCGUCUUCAACGUCGUAACCUCAAGGCAAAAGAUGCCAUCCACCUUGAAACAUAUCUUGCUUACAUUAAGUCAAUAACAACCAGACCACCUAGAAAUUCUGAUUAA